UGUGUGUGUGAGAGAGAGCGUGUGUUUGUGAUUGUUCGUGUGCGUGUGUGUGUGCAUGCGUGCGGAGGCUGCUUCAGGGCCGAGGUCCUAGGUGCAGUUGCGCAGGCUCUUUUUCCUGAGAGAAGCCAAAACACGGACCGCAAAAGGCUGCGCUCCCAAAAAUGGCAGGAGUGUUUGAGGUGGAGGUUGAUGGUGUAGAACACGACCAUGGAGUGGGACAUCACCAUGAACCGAACCAGGUUGACCUCUCCAAACUUUCGCCAGAAGAGAAGUGGAGGGUGGAGCAUGCAAGAAUGCAUGCCAAACACAAGGGCCACGAGGCCAUGCAUGCAGAGAUGGUGCUCAUUCUGAUCGUCACCCUCGUCGUCGCGCAGCUAGUGCUUGUCCAAUGGAAACAGAGGCACUCAAAGUCAUACAACCUGGUGACGCUGUUCCAGAUGUGGGUGGUGCCGCUCUACUUCACCACCAAGCUCCACUGGUGGAGAUUUCUCACCACGUGGUUCAUAUUCUCAGUGGUCACGGCGUUCGUCUCGUUCCGCGCCACUCGCAAGCCUCUCAACUGUACCACGCCCAGGUUGGUCUAUAAGUGGUUCCUCCUGCUCUAUAAGAUCAGCUAUGGUACGGGAAUAGUCGGCUACACGGUCGUCAUGUUUACCCUGUUUGGUAUAAACUUGAUUUUCAGAAUAAAGCCAGAAGAUGCAAUGGACUUUGGCGUGUCACUGCUGUUCUACGGGCUGUACUACGGAGUUUUGGGGCGAGACUUUGCUGAAAUGUGUGCAGACUUCAUGGCUUCAACAGUUGGGUAUUACAGCGCAUCGGGGAUGCCAACCAAGCACCUCUCAGACAACAUCUGCGCGGUGUGUGGUCAGCAGAUCCUGGUAGACGUCAGCGAGGAGGGCAUCAUCGAGAACACGUACAGAUUGUCCUGCAACCAUGUAUUCCAUGAGUUCUGCAUAAGAGGCUGGUGCAUUGUGGGAAAGAAGCAGACUUGCCCGUACUGUAAAGAGAAGGUGGACCUGAAGAGGAUGUUCAGCAACCCCUGGGAGAGACCGCACGUAAUGUAUGGACAGCUUCUGGACUGGCUUCGGUACCUUGUCGCCUGGCAACCGGUUAUUAUAGGACUUGUCCAAGGAAUCAACUAUAUCCUUGGCCUUGAAUGAUUUUUAUUUUUAUGAUUUUUGGGCGGCAAGAUGGACAUACCUGUUAAGAAAAAGAGGAAAAUGCGCUGGCUUGCUGGACCUAGCAGCCGAACUAGAACUCAAAAACAAGAUUUUCAAUGUGUCUAGAUAUGUACCUUUUUGUAUGUAUCUAUAGGCACAACAUAUCCGUAUUUACAGUUUAUUUGAAUUUUACUAGUAACAUGAAUUUGGAUGUCUGUCUCAGAUUAUUAGAAAUAUUUUCUGAACACAUUGCACAUCAAAUACACUUGAAUGGUUAUUGGUUGGUUGAUAUGCAGGAUCGCUUGUUUUAAAUGGAGAGGUGCUUUUCCCACACCGAAAGUAUGUCUUAAGUACUGUUAAUGCAUUGGGUUUCAACAAUAAAUACUAAAUGAUCUUACUGGUAACCCCCCCUGCUCCCUUACACUUUUUUUCUGAACUAUGCCUAACUAUAUUAAUCACUAAGUGAAAUUCAACUUCCAAACAUUUUCUGAUAUUGUGAAUAUCGUGUAUCUCGUACUUGGAUACAAUAUUUAAUUUAAUUUAUAGUGAGGUUGUAUCCUCUCCCCUUGUGCUCAAAUAUCAUUUGUGUAGUAGCAGUUAGGCUUUGUUCUCUCUGCGGUCUCCUUUUUGACUUUUCUUGUUUUCUUCACAAUCAAAUUAGAAUUUCCAUAUGAAUUUAUAAGGAUGAGGAAGACAUAACACUAAUGAAAAUGGUACGGUGAGGUUCUCCUCUCCUUUAAUCUUGUCCUUUUAGUGUCACAAUUGCCAUAUCCCCUAUGUACUUCUUACUGGUUAAUAAUUGGAUUUGUGGAAGACCUUUUUAAAAAUUGUACUUUGACAUAGCUGUUGGAUAUUAUGCAGAGUGCCAGUCUUAUUUGUUUUAAUAUUUUGCACUGUGUGCUGCACACUUUUCCAAUAUUUGAGGGGUUGACUUGAAGUGGUCCGAAAGCUUCUUCCUGUGGUCUGAGAUGAUCACUGUCAUUCCUCUGAAGGGGACACGGUUCCCUUUGUAACUGCAGCACAGAAUACCGUAUUCAAGAAGAACUGGACGGAUGGUGGAUUGGCAUAUACAUUUAUUUAUCUAUUCAGUCGUCACCCUUUGUUUUCAUGAAUAUUUGUUAAUAAAUGUCACCCGGUGUACAAAUAUA